GAUUUAUUGUAAAAAUUAGCUAUAAAAUGGGGAAUUUUAAUAGAAUUUUAUCAACUUUGAUCCUGUUCCUGUUUCAAGCCUACACACUUAAAUUCCAAAACGGAACUGUCACAGUAAAAGAGACCAGAAGAAGUCUUCCAACCGCUAUAGACUCUGCAAAAAGCGGCUUCUUCGGCAACGGUGUUGGAGUUGGAGAACUUUAUACACCCCUUGUCGCCACAGUUCAAGCAAAAGAUGCCUCAGGAGUCAAUAUUACAACUGGAGGAGACCUGCUUGCUAUCAGUGUAAGGAAUGAGUGCACUAUCACUGGAUAUCUAGAAUGAACUCCCAAAACUAAUGCAACUGACAUGGAAAUAUCCCCUGAUUACUUCAUUAUGACUGACCAGGGAGACGGAACAUACACUGCAGAUUACUCUUGCGGAAUCGAAGGAACUGUGACAUUAAUCCCUUACUUGUUUAAGCAAAAUCAAAUAUUGGUUAACUUCUACCCAGAUAAAAUCUUCACACCUCCAGCAGUACAUAACGAAACUUGGCCUCAGGUGAAUCAAGAUUACAACACUGGAGUAAUCUUCGGCACAUACACGGACAGUAUAUCAGCUUCAAUUUACUUUGUAAUAAAAGUGCCUGUGACUGAAGAGUAUACCUUCACUUUAGAGUCAAAUGAUGGUUCUGACUUAUACAUGAACAGCACUAUUAUGAUCUCACAGCUUGGAGUGACAUGCAACUGUAGUAGCUCUUUCGAUGUUAACCUCACACAAAAUACCUACGUUGACUUCCAAAUAAACUACAUCGAAAUUGCAGAUGAGGCGCAUAUAAAUCUGAAAUGGAAUUCAUCAACGAUCUCUACUGCUCAGCUGAUUCCGAACAGUGUACUCUAUUACAAAGAAUACAUCGGGUCUCCUCCAUACCACACUGAGAUAAAAUGUGAUAAAUAUUACUCGUCUGGGAAUCCUGACCACCCUUUCGAGUGUUAUGAGAUCUGUGGUGAUGGUGUCCGCAUCGGUCGAGAAUUAUGUGAUGAUAAAAAUGAGAAAUCAGGCGAUGGCUGAUCCAAGGAUUGUCGGACUAUCGAAGACCGCUACGUCUGUAGAACCUACACUGAUGAGAAGACUCCUGAUCGAUGCAUAAAGUGUAAAUCGGGCUACGUCAGAAAUUCAGAUGAAACUGAUUGUGAACGUGCUAGCAAAAGAAAGAUGAAUGAGUCUUUGGGAUACCUCACAUAUGCCCUCGUUGGAGUUGACCUUGGGCUUUGUUUAAUAGUUUUCUUGUUCACAAAGCAAUCUCUAAAUGCUUUUACAAUGACAAUUUCGUAUCUCCAAGUAGUAAUCUUGAUGGGGAUGCUGAAUGCAGAAAUGCCAGAAAACUUCCUUGGAUUCAUUACUGAAAUCUCUGAAAUGAUGCUACCAUUAGGGUUCCUCUCUCGAGAAUCGAUUUCUGGAACAUAUUUAGGAUGAAAGCAAUUUGAAAGAGAGUUGGAGAUCUGUUUGCUAACACAAAUAAUGGGGUUAGAUGACCGCUCGAGUUGGAGCAUUCUCUCUUACCAUACUCUUUUGUUUGUACUCUUAUUACUAUUCCACGCCCUGUUGCUCUGCCUUUAUCAUCGAGAUCAAAAGCUCAAAAAGCUUGAAGGAGAAAGAGAACAUGAGCAUGCAAUUGAAAAGAUUUUCAAAUAUUGCACAUUCAAGAUGUAUAUUCCCUACUUCCAGCUGUUCUUCACUGUCAUGAUGGUUAGCAGCUUCACUGAAUUUACUAGCUGACUCUAUGACGAUGGUGUUGAAGGAGGAUCAUGCUUCUUUGCAUCAAUGAUUUGGCUUGCUUGCUCGUCAGUUUUAGUCAUAGUAGGAUGGCAAUAUUUCAAGUCACAGUACAAUUAUUCUUUCUCAAAAAUGAAAUACUUCAAAAAUCUCUUCAGUGGCUUGAGGUUGAGUUGGAAAUCACGAUCGUAUUCUUUCCUAAUCUUUGCAAGGAUUUAUGCAUUUGUUAUUCUCUGAACAAUCGCAAGCAUCGUGGAUGUAAAACGUUACCAUGUAAUCAGAGAUGUUAAUUUCGUGAUGUUUCUGACAAUUCUGCAGAUGGCAUACAUGAUUGGAACAAUUCUCUCAUUCCCUUUCAAAAUAUAUACCUAUAACAUAAAAUUGAUAGUCAAUGAGAUUUCCAUCGCAACUUUGAUGGUUUUCGCAACAAGAAGUAAGGAAAAAGGCGGGCUCAGCGAUUCUGCAGGGAGUGUAUUGAUCCAUAUGAUAUUCUUCAUAACUUGUGCUGCAUCAGUCUUCUCAGUCGGUGCCAUUUUGGUAGUCAUAUAUCAAAAGAUCUUCAAAAGUCUGACCAAAUCAAGAAUCGAAUCAAAGUCCCAAUUUGAAAGGUAUUAUGAGAAAUCUCAAGAGCACUCGAGCUACAUCGCAGGCUCGUAUUUGACAAACCAGCCAGUUGAGAAGAAUACUGAAGCUAAAACUAAGCCUAAGAAGAAAAAAUUGAAAAAGAAGAAGCUUCAUAAUAAAUUUGAGGAAGAGAAAGUUCCCAGAUUUGACAUUAAUGAAGAAAAUGAUGCAGUACAGUUCUAAGU